GCGCAAUUACGCCGCCCCGACAGGUGAAUGCUAAGCAGCUCUGUGAGGCAUCAGCCACUUUCGAGCCUAUUUGUAUGGGCGGAAGUUCACACUGGUCACCGAUCAUGAGCCAUUAUUAGCCCUGAAGAAGUCGAAGGAUUACUCGGGCAUGAUCGGGAGAUGAGUGACAGUGCUACAGAGCAUGGACUUUGACAUUCGUCAUCGGAAGCACGAGAGGCACGGGAAUGCUCACGGGUUGACACGACUACACCGACCCGAGAAGGUCCUCAAGAGCGAAGAAGUGAUUCUGUGGAACGAGCCGAAGGAGGAGAGCGUACCUCGAUACGGACAGGUGACGUGGACGCGGACCAGCGAGCAUCCUGCGUGCAUCGAGUACCUGGAGUUGUUGAUAAUCCAGGCUUGGAGAACGAACGUGGAAGGUGAUCUUCUCGGUUUCCUCUUCGGAUCGGUGCGGCUAGGCAAUCGCCAGCCAACUACUCAAGAACUCGUCGUCCCACUCGCGCAACUGGAUGAUAAUUUCUCCCUCGACAUCGUUUCGCAAAGCGACGACAACCCCGCUCCGCACGUCAUCACGCGGGCAUUAGCACCGUAUCUUCAGUGGACUGCUUGCUUGGAGGAACCCGGGAGUGACAGCACCUUGCCAUCGCGGCAGGAGUACUUGAAGCCAUACCGGAUCAUCCAUCGCGCCUUCUAUCCGAGGGAAGAGCCUGAGGAGGCGCUCGAAGGAGAAGAGGAAGCCACUGAAGAAGAGGGCGACGCCGACGAGGAAACGGUGGAGGAAGGAAGUUACAGUGAGUACAGCGAAGGGGAGCGGAGUGAAGAAACGGAGGAGGUAGAAGGAGAAGAAGACGAAGAGGAGAAAGUCGGAUCGGAGUGGGAGGAUUUGUCGGAAGAAGCGGUACGCACAGGCACGGAGGCAGAAGAUCCCGAAGCAGCAUGUAGAAGGGAAGAGAUCGCCGCCGGGAAAAAACAGCUGGAGAUCGCCAGCGGGGCGAUCUUGUGCAUCAACGACGAUCCAACCAGAGAUCCAGAGCCCCCCGAGCCCGAAGAUGGCGGAUCAGCAGCCGCAGCUCCGAGCGCAUCGCGACGAAGACGGAGCCGAUCUCCCUCCCCCUCCUCCCCAACCCGUCCCCCCAGUUCGUCCACGUACUCGUACUGAUGCGGGGAAUCGGCCUUCGUCCCCGGUCAUUAUCCCGUCG